CCUGUACAUAUUGCUGUCGAAUAUUGUUUAUGCUCAUCAGUUUUUUAUUAGUUGACGUGUUUGUUAGUAUAAUUGUAAAACCUGAUAAUCUUUCGCAAUAUUAAAAAUGGUGGAAAUAAAAGCAGUUUUGGAAAAGUUUUACAAUGACUACAUAAGCAAGACGCCUAAGAAAUUGAAAAUCGUUGAUAUUUAUCUUGCUUAUAUAUUACUAACCGGCAUAAUUCAAUUCGUUUAUUGUUGUAUGGUUGGCACAUUUCCCUUUAAUUCUUUUCUCUCUGGAUUUAUCAGUACCGUGAGCUGUUUUGUACUGGGAGUGUGCUUAAGGUUACAAGCAAACCCACAAAACAAAAAUGUGUUUGCAGGAAUUUCACCAGAACGAGGAUUUGCUGAUUUCAUUUUUGCCCAUGUUAUUUUACAUUUGGUUGUAAUGAACUUCAUUGGAUAAAAAUAAAACAUUUCAAAAUAAAAAUA